AUGGCUCGAGUACCUCCAGCAGGCGACAAGCUGUCGUUCCAGGCCAACCACGCCCUCCUCAACCCACACUUCGAGUCGUACAAGCUCGCCCAACCUCCCCACCCUCCGACCUCGCACCCUCUCCCGGCCCCGUUCCGCCUCGCUGCGCUCCCAGACCAUGCCCGUCUCAGCUACAACGAGGUCGCCGCACGCGCCCGCCACAACCAUCUCGCCGCAGGGCAACGAGGCGACCUCGUCUUCGUCGACGGCGAGGGGCAGCUCACCGCCCUCACCCUCGACCCAAAGACCGCCGUCCCGACCUUUCACCCUCUCCUCCGCCUCCCCCUCGACUCGACCUCGUCCUCGUCCUCGUCCACCGUCCCCGAGUACCCGACCGCGCUCGCCGUCGCACCCUCCCUGUGGAUCGUGUCCAACGGGCGCGGCCGCCUCUUCCUCGUGCGCGUCGACGCCGCGUCGCCGUCGUGGACCAGCUCGAUCGAAGCCGAGUUCGAGCUGCGCGAGGGCAGCGACAGCGCGACGCCGUUCCGCCUCCACGCUGCCGAGCAGGUCUCGGACACCGACGCCGUCGUCCUCCUCUCGAUCGUCACCAAGGCCGCCGCGCCCUCGCCCGCCGCCGCACCCUCGUCGCUCCCGACGCCGAGCUCGAUGGCCGCCACGACCCGCCACACCAUCUCGUCGACGACCCAGUUCAUCUACCUGUCGGCCCGCGUCUCGCUCGCGUCCCACGUCGACGCCGCCGCGCCGCAGCAGCUGGCCGUCUCGUGGCGCCUCGCGUGCCACGACCUGCCGAGCUUCGUCGUCUACGACCGCGAGCGCGACGCCUUUGUCGUCGGCGCAGGGUCCAAGCUUGUGCACGUGCAGGGCGGCCGGGGAGCUGCCGAGCAGGACGAGGCGCGGGAGGGCGUCGACGGCGACGACGUCCUCAUGACGCCGGCUCGCGCCUCGACCGCCGCCGCGUCGGCCUUGGGCCCGGCCGUACCUCGCCCGCCACCGUUCUCGUGGACCCAGGACAAGGACUCGGUCACGGUCGCCUUCCCGAUCCCGUCCGACACGCCGACCUCGUCGAUCCGCCUCACCUUCUCGCGCCUGUACCUCACCCUGCACGUCUCGUCGUCGUCGGCGUUCGCCGCCUCGUCGACCGGCCUCCCCGGCGGCGUCGGCCUCCCGCGCGUCAGCCACAAGCGCCUGUGGGCCGACAUCGACCCGCACACGAGCGUGUGGACGUUCGACCGCGAGGCCGAGGGCCGCGACUCGAGCUACGGCCUGUUGACGCUCCACCUCGAGAAGGCGCACGCCGGCACUCGGUGGAGCGACGUCUUUGCGUCGACGCCUGCGAGGGACGGCGGCGACGGCGACGCGGCGGCGGCGGCGGGCCCGGCGAGGAUCGAGGAGCUCGACCCCGAGCUCGAGUACGAGGGCGUGCCCGAGUCGCUCGAUCCGUCCGAGCUCGCCGCUAUCACCGAGCAGAUGGAGCAGUGGGCCCAAGGGCUCGUGCGGCACGGCAUCGCGCACUCGGACGAGGGGCUCGGGUCGGGCAUCCCGACGAGCUUGACGGGCGAGGAGGUCGACGUCGAGGUCGACGCCGAGAGCGGCCGGCCGUUCGUCGUCACGUGGGUCGAGGGCGCGACCGCCACCACCGAGUCGAGUCGGCCGACGCUCGUCCACCCGCACGCCGCCGUGCCGUACGAGCUCCUCUCGACGCCGUUCCCGCUCGCCGUCGACGCCUCCCCGUCCUCCUCCUCCGCACCCUCGUACGACGGCAUCACCGUCAAGCACGACGUCGACGGCCUCCUGUUCACCCCUCCUCCCGCCUCGACCGCCGCCUACGAGUGGUCCCACGCGUCGACCUUUCCCGCCCUCGCCUUUGUCCUCGCGACCAAGCGCGACACCCGCUUCGUGCACCACCUCCUCCCCUCGCCUCUCUCAUCCUCCUCCACCUCGGCCGCCACGUCCGGCGCCGUCCUCGCGUUUGACGCCCCGGCCCUUCCAACCUCGGGCGGCGCGAGCGCCCCAACCCGCGACGGCGCCAACUGCUUCGUCUACCUCGCGCCGCCGCCGCCUGUACUCGGCGCUCGCGCACGCACGGGCGUGCAGAUGGUGCUCCGAGUCGGUGUACCGGGCGCAGGUGCGCUCGUUGGCGUCGCGGCGGUCGAGCUCGAGGGCGGCGAGAGGGCCGUGGUCGCGCUGUGCGAGCGUGAGGUCGUCGUUGUCAGGGUGCUGUAGCGCGGCACAGAACGAGGUGUCAUGACAGGCGCGAGGAUGCGAGGCGUCUGCAUUGCCAGUCGGGCCCAUGCGGCUUCCUCUCUUCC